UCCCACAUUUCCAUUCAAUUAAUCUCAUAAAAAAUCUGAAUGGCCUCUCUUUCCUCUACAACCCUCAGCCUCUCUCCGGCAGCUGGCCGUAGAAUUCCGUCGUCCUCGGCUAAGCUUCCUUUGCUGGAAUGUUUCGCCACCAAUGCGUGGAUGAGCAGGACUAAAAACCUCUCCCUCACUUACCAAGUUAAACACAUGAAAAAUUCCAAAGUUGCAACAGUAGAUGCUCCACAGGUGCAUGAUCACGACGAUUCCACUGCUCAUCAAGGCCAUGAUGCGGUUAACAAUAUUGAGGAUCCGAUUGAAUACAUCAGAAUGUUGUUGAAGACGACAGGAGACGGGCGCAUAAGCGUGUCGCCCUAUGACACAGCAUGGGUGGCGAUGAUCAAGGACGUGGGGGGAUGUGACGCCCCUGAGUUUCCCUCCAGCCUGGAGUGGAUCGUGCAUAACCAACUCCAGGAUGGAUCUUGGGGCGAUCAAAAACUUUCUUGUGUUUAUGAUCGCCUCGUUAACACCAUUGCAUGUGUUGUAGCCUUGAGAUCGUGGAAUGUUCACGAUGACAAGGUCAAAAGAGGAGUGACGUACAUCAAAGAAAAUGUUGAUAAGCUCACGGAGGGUAAUAAGGAGCACAUGACGUGUGGUUUUGAAGUCGUAUUUCCGGCGCUGCUUCAAAAGGCCAAGGGCAUGGGUAUCGAAGAUCUUCCUUACGACGCGCCCGCGGUGCACGAGGUUUAUCACACCAGAGAACAAAAGUUGAAAAGGAUUCCACUUGAGAUUAUGCACAAAAUGCCAACAUCAUUGUUAUUCAGUUUGGAAGGCUUAGAAAAUUUGGAUUGGGACAAACUUUUGAAACUGCAAUCAGCUGAUGGUUCCUUCCUCACUUCUCCCUCCUCCACCGCCUUUGCUUUCAUGCAAACCAAAGAUCAAAAAUGCUACAAAUUCAUCAAAAACACUGUAGAAACUUUCAAUGGAGGAGCGCCACACACUUAUCCCGUCGAUGUGUUCGGAAGACUCUGGGCGAUCGACCGGCUGCAGCGCCUUGGGAUUUCUCGCUUUUUCGAGUCGGAGAUUGCUGAAUGCUUAAGCCACAUCCACAAGUAUUGGACAGAUAAAGGGGUUUUCAGUGGGAGAGAAUCUGAGUUUUGUGAUGUUGACGAUACAUCCAUGGGAGUGAGGCUUCUCAGAAUGCAUGGAUAUGAAGUUGAUCCAAAUGUUCUGAGGAAUUUCAAGCAGGAAGAUGGAAAAUUCUCAUGCUACGGUGGGCAGAUGAUCGAGUCACCUUCUCCGAUAUACAAUCUCUACAGAGCUUCUCAACUCCGGUUUCCCGGAGAGGAGAUCUUGGAAGAUGCAGCCAAGUUUGCCUACGAUUUCUUGAAAGAAAAAUUAGCUGAUAAUCAGAUUUUGGAUAAAUGGGUUAUAUCUAAGCACUUGCCUGAUGAGAUAAAGUUGGGGCUAGAGAUGCCAUGGCUCGCCACCCUACCUCGUGUUGAGGCCAAGUACUACAUCCAAUACUACGCUGGCUCCGGCGAUGCAUGGAUCGGAAAGACACUAUACAGGAUGCCGGAGAUCAGCAACGACACGUAUCACGACCUAGCCAAGACUGAUUUCAAGAGAUGCCAAGCGCAACAUCAAUUCGAAUGGAUCUACAUGCAAGAAUGGUACGAGAGCUGUGGCAUCGAAAGAUUCGGGAUAAGCAAAAAGGAACUUCUCCUUUAUUACUUCAUGGCAACCUCAAGCAUCUUUGAGCUCGAGAGGACCAACGAGAGAAUGGCGUGGGCCAAAUCCCAAGUCAUUUCUAAGAUGAUCACUUCUAGAUCCUUUGAGGAGAAACAAAGCCUUUUGAAUGAGCUUGGCAGCAUAAACAGUGGGGAGAAAGAAGAUGGGGCCGCGACCACCCUCACUCAGUUCCUCGGGGGAUUCAACCGAUACACCAAACGCCAGUUGGAAACCGCGUGGAGCGUGUGGCUAAAGAAGCUGCAAGAUGGUAAAGCAGACGACGCAGAGCUCCUAACCAACACAUUGAACAUCUGCGCGGGUCAUAGGAAAGAGAUACUCUCGCACGACGAGUACAAAGCUCUCUCUAGCCUAACAACCAAAAUCUGUCACCAGCUUUCUUUGAUUCAAAUCCAAAAGGAGAUGGGAGGAGAUGGGCAUAACGCAACAAUAAAAAAUAAGGAACUUGAACAAGACAUGCAGAUGUUGGUGAAAUUGGUGCUUGAGAAGUCAGGAGGCAUCAACAGAAAUAUCAAGAAAACGUUUAUGGCAGUUGCCAAGACUUAUUAUUAUAGAGCAUAUCAUGCUGCCGACACCAUUGACACCCACAUAUUUAAAGUGCUUUUCGAACCAGUCGAGUGAAUAGUUUGCUUCCAUCUCUUAAGUAUAGUUGUAUAUAUCGCCCUUGAUCAGGAAAGAAAUGUCACAUAAUCGUUUAUUAUUUUGCAUAAAUAAGUGCAAUCAAAAUAAACAUUUAUGUUUUUU